AUGGCAGCGACUACUGACGCACAUUCCAGACCGCACCCCAACUCCAAGGAAGCCCAGGCAGCGUUCCAGGAAGUAGGGCAAGGAAAGGAUGACGUCUUUGGUGAAGAAGGAGGUCAUGAGAUCCGUUACAAGACCCUGAGCUGGCAGUUAGUUAGUGCCCUCAUGAUAGCUGAGAUCGUCAGUAAUGGGAUGCUCACCUUACCGAACGCUAUGGCUGCCGUGGGCAUCGUGCCUUCCCUUGUGUUAACGGUGUUCCUCGGAAUAUUCGCUUUGUACACCGCGAAGCUUUUGAUAGACUUCAAGAUAAAUCAUCCGGACGUGCACAAUAUGGGCGAUGCCGGUUUCAUUUUGUUCGGACCUGUCGGUCGCGAAGUUCUCUCCGCGGGGACGAUCAUCUUCGCUAUCUUUGGCACGGGCUCCGAACUCCUGGCAGGACAACAAGCACUAUCAACGCUAUCCAACAACGGGCUCUGCGCGACGGUACUCCUCGUUAUUUUCUCAAUUGCGACAUUCCUCGUUUCUUUGCCCCGCACGCUUCAGAACCUUAGCUGGCUUGGCUUGUUUAGUGCUGUAAUGAUCACUAUAUGUGGGAUUCUAGUCAUGGUCGGGGCUGGAGCAAAUCCAGUUCCAGAUCGCGUCGUUGCAGCGACUGUGCCGACGAGUUUCGUCCAGGCCUUUCUGGCUAUCACCGGACCGGUAUUUGCUUACGCAGGCUUGUUUUUCAUUCUCAUCUCGGAAAUGCGUCGGCCGCAAGAUGCCAUGAAGGCCGCCGUAGUGCUGCAAGGUUUCUCCACCACAUUCUACUCCGUCUUCGGUGUCGUCGUUUACGUGUACAUCGGGAGCACUGUUGCAUCCCCAGCAACAUUCUCGCUGCCUCCUGUCUGGGCGAAGACCACGUUCGCCAUCGGCAUGGUCAACUUUCUUAUAGCCGGUGCCCUCUACAGCCAUACGGCGGCGAAGCUCAUUUACAUCCGCCUGUUCAGACACACCCGGCACGUUCAUUCGCACACAGUCGGCGGCUGGUUCACAUGGACCUUCUUAUGUUUCGUCGCCACGGCCAUCGCGUUCAUUCUCGCAAGUGCCGUGCCGAUAUUCUCAGACCUGACCGGUGUCACAGCCUCGCUUUUUGCGGCGUGGUAUACGUAUGGCAUCGCAGGGAUGUUCUGGAUCCACGAUACUUUCUACCUGACAGGUGGAGCAGAAGCAUUGAAGCGGCGGUGGUUGGGGACUACGCUUGCAACGUUCACCAUCCUUGGAGGGGCAUUCAUUUGCGUGGCAGGGACAUAUGUCUCCAUAAAGCUGAUCGCAGAUGCGUAUAGAGAAGGUCUUGUCGGGAAGCCAUUCACGUGCUGA